AUGGCACCUAUGAUGCUCAUCCUCGACGUCAAGACACGGUGGUCCUCAACAUAUCAAAUGCUACUACUAGACCCUCGAAUCGCAUAUAAAGGACUCAAGGAAGAUUACAAAGAUGAUGAAACACUGCUUUCCGGGCUGGAGAAAUCCAAGGCGACGCUUCGAGCACAUUUCAAUGAGUUCUACCGUGCGCCCCCUGCCCCUGACCCCUCAACAACAACAACUUUGCAAUCAAUAUCCCCUGCCGAUUACGACUUCAUGGCCCGCUACGAAAUUAAGGAUCGAGUAUCAGUCGACGAGUUGGAAGAGUUUUGGAAUCUUCCACGGGAGGAUAUCCGAACCUGUGACCCUAUUCAAUGGUGGUACAGCCGGCGCCACCACUUUCCCAGUCUUUACCGCCUCGCUCGCAAUCUACUCGCAAUCCCAGGCUCUGCUGUAGCCGUAGAACGCAUAUUCUCUGGUGCAAGGGAUACAAUCUCCUUGCGACGCGCUAGCCUCAAGCCACAGACCAUUGAAAUACUCAUGCUACUUAAGCACCGGCUUCGACUUGCACGAACGAGCACUGUACAGUCACAUAAAUAA